AUGGUUUUAUCGCAUUUGUGUUUUUACCUCUUCAGUUUCGUGGUAAUUUGUGUCAUUUGUUUUUGUAUUUCCUGGACCUGUAUGUUUCUGUUUUUAUAUGAUUUAAAGUUCCUCUCUUCCGAUUACGCCGAUUCAUAUCGGGAUUGGCGGUAUAAUGGUUGUUGUUUCACUUCCAGCGCUUCCCAUUCUGCGAUGAACUGUGCGUUUGCUUCCUCAAAACCAAGUAGAAAAUCUCUUUUCCACGGCAAGGUGAAGGUGACCAUAGGCAAGCGGGGAAAGGUCUCCCAAGUAAUAGAUCUAUUUGGGGCCCAUUUUUACCACAAGUAUGUCGUUUUCUACUGA